UGUGAGCUGCAGACUCUGCGCUGUCGCCGCCAUGUUGCCAGCAGCCGCUACCGUCAGCCUUUAGCUGUGCCUGUCUUCCCUUUCCCCCCUCCCCCUCUGCAUCUCCCUUCCUCGGCAACCCGAACCGGAGCCGCUAGCCGGAGACUGGAAAAGCCGCUGCGGAGUCAUCGACAGUAGGGAGCGGGCCCUUCCCCCGCAAGCUUUCCAGCCAUGUCCACCGUGGACGGUAAACAAUCCACCACCGAGCGGGCGGUUAAAUCUGUCCCGUUUCCCCCAACACAUCGGUUAACGUCCGAAGAAGUAUUUGACAAUGACGGGAAGCCUAGGGUGGACGUUUUGAAGAAUCACUUGAUAAAGGAAGGCCGUGUAGACGAGGAAAUUGCACUUCGGAUCAUUAAUGAGGGUGCUGCUAUUUUACGACGUGAGAAGACCAUGAUAGAAGUAGAAGCCCCGAUUACAGUUUGUGGUGACAUUCAUGGGCAGUUCUUUGACCUGAUGAAGUUAUUUGAAGUAGGAGGAUCUCCAGCAAACACAAGAUACCUCUUUUUGGGGGACUAUGUAGACAGAGGUUAUUUUAGCAUAGAGUGUGUGUUAUAUUUGUGGGUUCUGAAGAUCCUGUACCCCAAUACCCUGUUUCUUUUGAGAGGCAAUCACGAAUGCAGACACCUUACAGAAUAUUUCACGUUUAAGCAGGAAUGUAAAAUAAAAUAUUCAGAGAGAGUAUAUGAAGCCUGCAUGGAAGCUUUCGAUUGCCUUCCUUUAGCUGCACUUUUAAACCAACAGUUUCUUUGUGUACACGGGGGACUUUCGCCAGAAAUACACACAUUAGAUGACAUUAAGAAAUUAGACAGGUUCAAGGAGCCGCCUGCGUUCGGCCCAAUGUGUGACUUGCUGUGGUCCGAUCCUUCUGAAGAUUUUGGAAACGAGAAAUCACAGGAACAUUUCAGUCAUAAUACCGUCAGGGGAUGCUCUUAUUUCUAUAGCUACCCAGCCGUUUGUGAGUUUUUGCUGACCAACAACUUGCUUUCAAUCAUCCGAGCGCACGAAGCGCAGGACGCAGGUUACCGAAUGUACAGAAAAAGUCAGACAACAGGAUUUCCUUCACUAAUAACAAUAUUUUCAGCACCUAAUUAUUUAGAUGUCUACAAUAAUAAAGCUGCUGUAUUAAAGUACGAAAACAAUGUGAUGAAUAUCAGACAGUUCAACUGCUCGCCACAUCCGUACUGGCUUCCAAAUUUUAUGGAUGUCUUCACGUGGUCGUUGCCAUUUGUGGGAGAAAAAGUAACGGAGAUGUUGGUGAAUGUUUUGAGCAUUUGCUCAGAUGACGAGCUUAUGACUGAGGGAGAAGACCAAUUUGACGAACGACUCAUAUAUGGCAAUAAAAAAGUAGGUACAGCUGCAGCGCGAAAAGAAAUCAUCAGGAACAAAAUCCGGGCAAUUGGAAAGAUGGCAAGAGUCUUCUCUGUGCUCAGGGAGGAGAGUGAAAGUGUGCUGACGCUCAAAGGCUUAACACCUACUGGAAUGCUGCCCAGCGGGGUCUUGGCUGGAGGACGACAGACUCUACAAAGUGCCACAGUUGAGGCAAUUGAGGCUGAUAAAGCAAUACGAGGAUUCUCUCCGCAACAUAAAAUCUGCAGUUUUGAAGAAGCAAAGGGAUUGGACAGGAUCAACGAAAGAAUGCCUCCUAGAAAAGACACGAGGCAGCAAGACGGUAUUAAUUCACUAAACACAAACGCCAAGGAAAACAACGGGACUGGUAACAACAACACGCAGUGACCGCUUUGUGUCCGUUUACUCACAUCUUGCCUGAGAAGUCCUACUAGAUACAUGCUUUAUGACGUAACAGCUUCAAUAGCCAAGCGGGUCUGCAAGACUCUUCGGGGUCCGGGGAUAUGCAGCUGAUUCCUAUGUAUAAAUAAUGCUUUUCAAGAAAAAAAAGAAGAAAAGUGUAAUAUCUGGACAUUAUAUCGGCAUGUUUUGUAGCGGCCGCUAUCUUUGAAUCCCGGGGUAUUGGGCUGUUUUCAUGAAAGCACAUCUGGAGCCGCAUCUCGCGCUUAUCAUUGUUGACACUUAAGUUUACAAAAGGAAACCUUGUUUUUUGUUCACUAGAUACCUUUUUAGCUUAUUUUUCUCAGAAAAAAAAAAGAAUUUCAUCCCUCAAAGCUAUUUAUUUAUAAGACAUUUGUUUCUUAAAAAAAAAAAAAAAAAGUCUUUAAAAGAUAGAUUAGGAUCGUCUUAAAUAUGCCGAGGCCGCAACCUGUAUUUUAAAGUGUAUAAACCCCUGCCAAAAUAACGUUGGCUGUUCUAUGAUGCUGACCUCAGGUGUAUUAAGUUGAUGUUGCAAAUUUAUGUAUUAUACACACUGUAUUUUUUAGUUUAAGGCUUAUGAAAAAAUUUCUACAUAGGAACAUUUAUUACUUGAAUACAGAUCAAAAAAAAAUAUUUAAUUUCAAUACUUCCCCCCCCCCAAUUUGUGGAGAUUUUUUCAUCUGUUUAAAAUUAAAAAAAAAUAAAAUAAAAAAA